UGCAGCACUUGACCAGUUGACCCCAUCUUUGAUGCCCGUAAUUCAUCCCCAAUCUUAUUGAAUUUGGUUACUUUGGUACAUACAAAUUUGCAAGGAGAGUGAAAUGAGAUGGCUUUCUUCUUUAGCCUCUAGAGUCUCACCUGUACUCGGAACCCAACUCAAACCCAACAGGCCUCCGCCGCCAUCUUCUCGCCACAAAGGUACUCACUUUGAGCUUCGAAACAAUCUCAUUUCAGCUAAGAAUCCCGAUCGUCCUGUAAUCGAUCACCUCUACAUUGCUCGAAUACUUUCUAGAAAGGAUUGGUUUAUGUUACUCAACCACGAGUUGAACGCCAGGAGGAUUGUUCUGAAUCCUCAGUGUGUUGUUAGUGUGUUGCAAAACCAAGAAAACCCAUUGAACCCUUUGAAGUUUUCAAUAUGGGUUUCCAAGGUUGAUCCUUUGUUCCUAAAGAAUCGAUCAGUUAGGACUGUGUUAGCCAACAUUCUUUUCAGGAAAGGCCCGGUUCUGUUGUCUGUUGAGUUUCUUAAAGAUGUUAAGAACUCGGGUGUUAAGGUUACUGAAGAGUUGCUUUGCAUUUUGAUUGGUUGUUGGGGGAGGUUGGGUUUGGCAAAUUAUUGUACUGCGGUUUUCGGGCAGAUUUCGUUUCUGGGUCUUAGUAUUAGUACUAGGUUGUACAAUGCUGUGAUGGAUGCGUUAGUCAAGUCCAAUUCACUUGAUUUGGCUUAUUUGAAAUUUCAGCAGAUGCCGGCAGAUAAUUGCCUUCCUGAUAGGUUUACGUACAAUAUUCUUAUUCAUGGAGUUUGCAAGAUCGGUAUUGUGGAUGAAGCUCUGCGUUUAGUCAAGCAAAUGGAAGGCUUGGGGUAUUUGCCUAAUGUUCAUACUUAUACAAAUUUGAUUGAUGGGUUUUGUAAUUCAAAGAGGGUCGACGAAGCCUUCAGCAUUGUGAAGAUAAUGAGGGAGAAGAAUGUGAAUCCUAAUGAAGCUACUGUCAGAUCAUUGGUUCAUGGGGUGUUUCGUUGCACGGACCCUAGUAAGGCUUUUGAGUUGUUAUUGAGUUUUGUUGAAAGGGAGUCUCGUUUGCUUAAGGUAGCUUGUGAUGCCAUACUGUAUUGCCUCUCCGAUAAUCACAUGGCAAGGGAGGUUGCUGUGUUUUUGAAGAAAUCUGGUGUGAAGGGUUAUUUGCCCGACAGUUCAACGUUUAACAUUACAAUGGUUUGUUUGACAAAGGAAUUGGCUCAACCUCGGAAUGAGAUAUAUGAAAUAUUGGAAGAUUUCAUACAGCGAGGUGGAAAACCAGGUUUCGGUACUUAUCUUGUGUUGAUUGAAGCUAUGUACAAGUCUGGAAACAUUGAUGAGGGGAAUCAAAUCUUCGAGCAAAUGAUCAAAGAUGGAGUUUUAUCUAGUGUCUUCUCAUAUAACAUGGUAAUCGAUUGCUUUUGCAAAGCCCAAAUUAUCGACAGGGCAUCACAGGCAUUUGGAGAUAUGCAGCAUAAAGGUAUUCCUCCUAACCUUGUAACAUUCAAUACACUUCUUACUGGAUAUUGCAAGGCUGGAGAGGUAAGCAAGGCACAUGAACUGUUGAUAAAGCUCCUAGAACAUGGUUUCAAACCGGAUAUAUUUACUUUUAGUACAAUAAUUGAUGGACUCUGUCGGGUGCAUCAGAUUGAUGAUGCUUUCGAUUGUUUUGCUGAGAUGGUCCGGUGGGGAAUCACUCCAAAUGUCAUCACAUACAAUAUCUUGUUACGCUCUUUGUGUUUCAUCAGAGAUAUUGCUAGAACAGAAGGACUAAUGAAAAAGAUGCAGUUAUCUGGAAUAAAACCAGAUGCAAGCUCUUUCAGUUAUCUUAUUGAAAGUCUUUGUAAGAUGAACAAGGUUGAGAAAGCAGAGGAACUAUUUCUUGUUAUGUUGAAAUUGGGUUUGAAUCCGGACAAUUAUACAUGUAGUGUUUUUAUCAAGGCACUGUGUGACAUGGGAAAACUUGACGUGGCAAAGGAGAUAUUUCUCUCUAUGGAAGCAUAUGAUUGUUUACCCGAUUCUUCUAUUUGUGAUAUAAUGCUGGAAUCUCUGAUUCAGCAUAACCGUUUUGAUGAGGCCUGUAGAAUCGUGAAAAAAUUUGUCAGGAGGAAAAACUAAAUCUUGUUGGUCAACCCAUGAGUCAAUGCUUCUGCCUAUUAACAUCGGUCCAGAAGUCAGGUCUGGCCUUAAUAUACAAGACAAAAACUAGUUUGUGUGAUGCAUUUUGGAAUCAACUGCGUACUGGAUAUGGGUCUUCUUCAGUUCAAGUUGCUUUGUAUCAGCCUUGGCCCAGAAAUUAGGUGGCCUAUUCUUAGAAAAACGAAAAGCAAAUCAGAUGAGAUUGAUCAGUAGCACAUUUGCGGGAUAAAUAGCAUCCUCAUUAUGUUGCAACAGCUUCAAUUUAUCCUGGUUUCAGUUAUGUUGAAGGGAUUGGUUGGACUAUAGCAUACAUAGGCAGCAUUGAUUCCAGACAAGGAAGUGUGCUGCUAAAUUUUUCUGCUUGAAGUUGGCAAUUUUAUCAUGUCAUGGAGAAUGAUAAAGUUGUGUUGUUGCUCAGUUUGGUCCACAUCGUAAAACAGAAUAAUGAAGUUGAAUCUGAAGAGGCUACCACAGGUGAGGGUUUGGACUAUGUGAAUUUAAGCCGAGGAUAUUUCACUAUGUUCUACUACCUAGGAGCCCAUAGAAUUGCAUAUUUCGGACAGAAUUCGACUUGUAUGAUCUUGAUAUCAGGCAUGGCCCCUUUUACAAGACUGAAUUUGCCAAAAUGAUGGAUAGGAAUUGUUGCACAUGUAUAUAUCUGUUAAAUUUACCCCAGUGAUGUGACCAUUUCAGUCUAUAAAAUAGAAAGUAUGCUAUUCAGUACCUCUUAAUAUUAGGCAGACGCUAUUCUUCAAGUUGUAAGAUAUAAAUGAUGGCCUUUGUAAUUAUGUCUUUUAUAUUUUU